GAAAAGGCUUCUGUGCAGUUAAUACGUGAAUCCUGUGAUGGCCCUGUAUCUACAAAUCUUUUUAAAAGCCUGUUCUAUAGUUGUAACUGCUGCUUUCAAAGUUGGUUAAAUUACAUAGCAUUUGGAAGGUAAUUUCAUGACCUUUCAGAACCACUUGUCAAACAAAGAUACAAUGUAUCAGGGUUUCCUUUUUUUCAGCAAUUUAAACAGGUAAUUCUGAUACAAUAUGUACCCCGGAGGUCUCCACUGUGUAGAUUGUUUAUCUCCGACUUUCUUAGGGAAAAGCAUUGUCAGAAGUCUGGUUCACCUCCAUUCAGAGACCAUUAUACGCCUUUCUACAGGAAAGAUUCACUCCUAGAGUCUGGGCUUAGAACACUUGACAUCUUGACAACUGCAAACUACCAAGCUUCUUAUUUGUUUCUGACUAUUCUAUAACUACAAACUACCAAGCUUCUUAUUUGUUUCUGACUAUUCUGUAACUGCAAACUACCAAGCUUCUUAUUUGUUUCUGACUAUUCUAUAACUACAAACUACCAAGCUUCUUAUUUGUUUCUGACUAUUCUGUAACUGCAAACUACCAAGCUUCUUAUUUGUUUCUGACUAUUCUGUAACUACAAACUACCAAGCUUCUUAUUUGUUUCUGACUAUUCUGUAACUACAAACUACCAAGCUUCUUAUUUGUUUCUGACUAUUCUGUAACUACAAACUACCAAGCUUCUUAUUUGUUUCUGACUAUUCUGUAACUACAAACUACCAAGCUUCUUAUUUGUUUCUGACUAUUCUGUAACUACAAACUACCAAGCUUCUUAUUUGUUUCUGACUAUUCUGUAACUACAAACUACCAAGCUUCUUAUUUGUUUCUGACUAUUCUGUAACUGCAAACUACCAAGCUUCUUAUUUGUUUCUGACUAUUCUGUAACUACAAACUACCAAGCUUCUUAUUUGUUUCUGACUAUUCUGUAACUACAAACUACCAAGCUUCUUAUUUGUUUCUGACUAUUCUGUAACUACAAACUACCAAGCUUCUUAUUUGUUUCUGACUAUUCUGUAACUACAAACUACCAAGCUUCUUAUUUGUUUCUGACUAUUCUGUAACUACAAACUACCAAGCUUCUUAUUUGUUUCUGACUAUUCUGUAACUACAAACUACCAAGCUUCUUAUUUGUUUCUGACUAUUCUGUAACUACAAACUACCAAGCUUCAUAUUUGUUUCUGACUAUUCUGUAACUACAAACUACCAAGCUUCUUAUUUGUUUCUGACUAUUCUGUAACUGCAAACUACCAAGCUUCUUAUUUGUUUCUGACUAUUCUGUAACUGCAAACUACCAAGCCUCUUAUUUGUUUCUGACUAUUCUGUAACUACAAACUACCAAGCUUCUUAUUUGUUUCUGACUAUUCUGGAACUGCAAACUACCAAGCUUCUUAUUUGUUUCUGACUAUUCUGUAACUACAAACUACCAAGCUUCUUAUUUGUUUCUGACUAUUCUGUAACUACAAACUACCAAGCUUCUUAUUUGUUUCUGACUAUUCUGUAACUACAAACUACCAAGCUUCAUAUUUGUUUCUGACUAUUCUGUAACUACAAACUACCAAGCUUCUUAUUUGUUUCUGACUAUUCUGUAACUACAAACUACCAAGCUUCUUAUUUGUUUCUGACUAUUCUGUAACUACAAACUACCAAGCUUCUUAUUUGUUUCUGACUAUUCUGUAACUACAAACUACCAAGCUUCUUAUUUGUUUCUGACUAUUCUGUAACUACAAACUACCAAGCUUCUUAUUUGUUUCUGACUAUUCUGUAACUACAAACUACCAAGCUUCUUAUUUGUUUCUGACUAUUCUGUAACUACAAACUACCAAGCUUCUUAUUUCUUAAAGUCUGAAAUGUAGGUAAAUUACAUGAUGGAUUAAGGCUAUUAAUCAGUGCUUGACGUGGGCAGGAGCCUACCAGAGCUUACUACUAGCACCUCAAAUGUUCUACUGCUUGAGCUCCUGUUCCUCUUAUACAAUAUUAGCUACAAAGUAUUGUGGAGUUCCUGCACCUAAAUAUAAAUAGUAGGACACCCAAAAUGAGUACCGGAACCUAUUGCAGUCUAAGUCAAGCACUGCUAUUAAUAAUAAAUAAAAUAAACAUUUAAAUAAAUACAAAAUCUAAUUAAACAAAUUGAAUCAAAAGUUAUUUGCCUAGGUGAACGCAUUUUAAAGUAGGCAAUUAUUAUUCCGGUUCAUUUGAUAUAUUAUCACCACUAAGGAUCUGACCCUUUUUUUCAAUUUUCACCUAAAAUGUCAUACCCAAAUCUAACUGCCUGUAGCUCAGGACCUGAAGCAAGGAUAUGCAUAUUUUUGGUACCAUUUGAAAAGAAACAUUUGAAGUUUGUGGAAAUAUGAAAUUAACAAGAAUUUAAGCGUUCUGCCCAUAUCAGAUAUGUCUAUUUCCUGGGAAAUUUUCUUGUUACUUAAAACGACACGCUAAUCCUAUUAGCGCACUGUUAGCUCAACCUUCCCUUGGGGGGACACCGAUCCAGUAGAGGUUAAUUAAGGCAAUCCACUGUGUAGAUUGUUUAACUCUGGCUUUCUUGGGGAAAAAGCAUUGUCGGAAGUGAGGUUUGAACUCACAUCUACAUUCAUAGACCAGAAAUCCCCUAUCUCCAGGAAGAAUUCACUCUUUCAGGCUGGCGCAUUAGACCGCUUGGCCAUCCUGACAACUGUGAAGAUUUUUCUUGUUCUGUAAACUAAAGUUUUAAAUGUAGGUACGCGACAUGCUAGACUUAGGCUAAAAAUACAACUAUAAUUGCUCAUUCAUUAGUUUUCAUUUUACCACUUGAGGCAAUCCACUAUGUCAAUUAAUUUUGCCGCAUUCAUGUGCUAUUCGGAACUCGCAAAUGUUUAACUUGCUAAAUGGUUGAACGCGGCACGUGUAUAACUACAACUUAUUAGCGAGUCGGACAUUUCCAAGUUUCCUAGUUUCAACUAGCACGUGAACGGGGCAUUUAAUUCUGACUUGCUGUUUUGCAUCAAAUUAUACAUUUCGCAUCAUCAUCGUGAUCUGGCAGGUGACACUUUGCUUCUUGAAAGUUCAAUACCUUGAAAACUUGACUGCUGACAUGCAAAAUGGACUAAUGAAAAAAUAAAUGUGUCGAUUUUACUUUAAGCAGCAAACUACUUUUAAGAGGUACUAACUACUUCUAAAGCUCAAAUUAAAUACAAUAGACAACAAUCAGAUUUGUUUCCAACAGCCCCAGAACCAACUAAUUGGAAUGUCCCCACCCCAUGCCCUAACUAGCAAUUUAGACCAGUCCAAAAGGUGGUCCCGACCGAGCGCAAAAGAAGGUGGCCGGGCAGGGGGGCAGGACUCUUAAUGUUAGGAUGGUAUUUUUCAAUGUGCUCAUCACUCUACCUGUCCUGUGUUCGCAAUACAUCAGUGUAAGAACACAUUGAUUCAUUAUCAUCCGUCAAAGUUCACCACACCAUUGCACUGCGCGUGCAAUUUCUUUGCACAGUUAUUAAAAUACAAUGUUCCCUGCAGUUUACAGCCAAACAUAUCAUUUUGUACUCACUUAACAAAAAUGCUAUUAUUAUCUAGGCUAGUCUAGAUAAUUGUAUUGUCCCUAAACAAGAUCAAUAGGGGAGCUUUUUGUACUCACCUGGCCUCUUCACUGCCUAUCAGCUAUUCAUCCUUGUUAUUGUGGAUUUAUAUAGAAAAUUGGUGCAGCUUUGAAUGAUUUUAUGUGUGGUAUGAUUGCUAGUAACCCCAUUGCAGACCUGGACAAACGAUCCCCCUACCACUAUUGUCACUAUGAAUGGUGGAUAGUGGGCAGGAUAGACAGUUAGACUGGUAGAUUAUAUUGACCUGUGGUAUAGUUAGCAAGUGGAGAAGCAUAGUGCAUAAGGGAAGUUCCAGAACACCUUGAUAGGGGAGGCACAUGCAAGCAGAUGAGGAAAUUUGGCUAGGAUGGAAGAAAUUAUAUAGUAAAACCUGAAAAAUAGUGAAUGUAAACCAGGGAAAACAACGUACUCCCCCAAACUACACAGCCCUCCCCAGUGCAAAAAAAAGUUAAGCAACCCUCCUCUAGUUUGGACGCCCCCACCCCCCAGUAAUUUUCGAACUGUCCCUUACAGAUACUUCAGCAAAAUCAACGGAACUCGUAAACAACCGUUUUAAAGGCGUUCUAACUUCUGUUGUGAGUAGAUCGGUUCAGCUCACAUUCAGCAUGAAUAUUUCAAUCAUGUUUGAUAAGUUUAAUUUAUGUAGAUAAUAUGCCUAAAGCAUCUACAGUAGUCUUUACUUGUAAAAAAAAAUGAAGGAUAGCUUAUAAUGUGAAUGAAGUAUUUAAAAAAUAUAUAUACAAUCUGGACAUACUACAAUGAGUAACAAUACUGUGACCGGGAGGACCAUGGUCCCGACUAUACCUUCCAUCAUGUUUAUUUUCGGAGUGGUGGGAAAUGUAAUCGCCAUCGUGGUGCUCUGCAAGUCCAGGAAAGAGCAGAAGGAGACCACGUUCUACACGCUGGUUUGCGGUCUGGCGGUUACGGACCUUUUGGGGACCCUCCUGGCCAGUCCAGUCACCAUCGCCACUUAUGUGAAAGGAUCUUGGCCAGGCGGGGACCCACUCUGCCAGUAUUUCGGAUUCAUCCUCCUCUUCUUCUCUUUAGCAGGGCUCAGCAUCAUAUGCGCAAUGUCCGUAGAGAGAUACUUGGCGAUAAACCAUGCGUAUUUCUACAACGACUAUGUGGAUCAGAGACUGGCGGGGUUGACUCUUCUGGCUAUCUACAUCUCCAAUGCGCUUUUCUGCGCUAUGCCCAGUAUGGGUCUGGGUCAAGUCAAAAAGCAGUACCCACAAACCUGGUGCUUCAUAGAGUGGCGGAGCAACGUGAGUACUGAUGCCACAUUUUCUUACAUCUACGCGGGAUCCAGUUCGAUUCUAAUUCUGGCCACGGUGAUCUGUAACGUUCUGGUGUGCGGGGCUUUGAUCCGGAUGCACCGGCAGUUCGUUCGGAGAAUGUCGUUGGGGACAGACCGAGGGCGAAACACAGACCCAAGAAGGAGACGCAACUUCGGGAAUCUGGCCGGCGCGGAGAUCCAGAUGGUGAUUGUACUCAUAUGCACCUCAGCGGUGGUGCUCAUAUGCUCCAUUCCACUAGUUGUGCAGGUAUUUCUGAACCAGCUGUAUAAGACUCCGGUGGAGCUGAGACUGGAAAAGAACCCAGAUCUGCGGGCGAUCCGCUUCGCUUCCUUCAACCCCAUCCUGGACCCCUGGAUCUACAUCCUCCUCCGCAAGGCCAUGCUCCUCAAGCUCAUUGAGCAGAUCAAAUGUCUGUUCUGUCAGAUAGGAGCACGGCGGCAGCAUAGACAGAACUGCCACCAGUGCCCCUCCAUCAUCUCCUCUCGAGAGUCACCCUCACUGGUAUCCCGCGAGCUGAGGGAGGUGUCCAGCACCUCUCAGACUGUUCUCUACCUGCCCGAAGGAAGUGAGACGUACACAGGAAGCUGUCAUCACACAGGAGAGCAGUUUGGGUUCCGCACUUCCUCUGUCCAAGACCCCCGAAGUUCUUAUUCAUCAGGGCAGAGCAAUACAGAGGACGGGAGCAGAGAAGCGACACAUCUAACCAGGGACCUUUCUGGUGUGGCAGGAAAGACCACUCAGUCAUGUGUGAAAGACCAGGCUCUUCAUGUGUCGCUAAGCAAUGAGACAGUACAGGAGAAAUGCAUAUAAGUCUUGUUUAUUUGGAUUCCCAGAAGCGUUUGCUUUCUCAACAGCUACUCUAGUACUCCUCAGUCCUCAUAUUAUUGUGAGGUUUCUGCCACACUUACAUUGAAGGGACUGUCUUCAGACUGUCCAAGAUGCCUUCUCUGAGGUAGACAGCUUCUGCUCUCCUAAGGGACUUAUUUGGUUGGUGGAAGUGUUAGUAAAAGCAGAAAUAAACUGGCACCAAGGCUGACUCAUUUGACAUUCUCUCAAGAUGAGGUAUGGCACAUUUAAACAACGUUAAGAAGCUUUUGGGAAACUAGGUAGAGGGAGGAAGAAGUCAAAACAACAGAGACACAACUGAGAGAGAGAGAGAGAGAGAGAGGAUGUCUGCUCUGCUUUGAUGUCAAGCUACCUUGACCAGAAACAUCAAUGUUUGUUUCUUUUCCACUCUUGUUGCACUGGUCAGGGAGCAAGAUUGUCUCCAUGGCUUACAGGCCCAUGACUGUACACUGUAGCUCAACAGUUUAAUCACUAGCUUCUUUCAAUCAUUGAGUAAACUUUGUAUUUAGUGCCGAGGUUGCCAGUAAACAAAAAUUAUUCCGAUGUACAGAAGAGUUAUUCAGAUUAAUUGAAGGGAAUGUAGCAUGGGGCCUGAAGUAACGUGCCAUGAUUGCCAGGACCAAGGAAAAAUCCGUUCUCACAAAUACCUUUGUCUUGAGAAGCUUUGCUGUCUAGAGAGAAACAUUGAGACUGUUUUGCAUCACAGAAUAGAUUUAGAGAGUUUAUAGGGCAGUAAUACGUGUGUAAUAAACAUUAUCCAUGUGUUUGUCCUUCAUGUGAGAAGUAUGACAAAUUAUGCUUUUUAGAAUGCCUUUGUCAUGGAAUGAGUUGUGCCAACAUGCAAGAUAGUUAGCCAAACACAGAUUCUCAGUGACCCACCGCAAUAUUGUCAUUGUCAUAAUUUUGUGACCUAUGCAAUUUCUUCUCUGUGAGAAGAUGCAAGUUAUUUAAUCAUGUCAUGAAAUGUUACAUCAGUAUAACAUACAUAUGGCAUAUCAGUUUUAAAAUAUGAUGUUCCGGUAUAUCUGUAAAAGGCUUAAAAUUACAGAGGUUUUUCAUUAUAAAUUCACUGUGCUUGCGUUAUAUCCACCCUAUAGAAUAUUCAUGUAAGCAAUACGUUCUGAAAAGGAAUAAAAUGGAUUAACAGUUAUUGAGACCCACAU